ACUGCGGUAAAAACAUCAGCCGCCGUCGCUGCCGUUAGCCGUUACCCGUAGCCACACCGCCAGAGUUUACCUAUAGACGUGAUUGUGAUGACGAUGGCCCGGUACGUUUUAAAUCGCUUCAGUAACACUCCGCUAAGACAAUUAUUAUUGUCGUCCAACAACAACAGCUUUAUGACCACCGAUCUGUACGACCGCGGCUGCGUCCAGGUAAACGGUUUAAAAACUCGUUAUUUUAAUCAAAUUGUAUUGUCGUUUUUUUUCUCGUGCAAUUAUGUCAUUCUGUCGGUACCCAAUAAUUUUCGUGAAAAAUCGUAUUCUUAUUAAGUUCAAGCAGAUUUUUAUUUUUUUGAAGGUUAUGGCCGUAAUAUUCGAACAGUAUGCGCGUGCAUCUGCAGACGAGCGAUGAUUGCACCACUUAUGCCGGCAAAUCGUUAAUGCUUUUUAUUUCGUUCAGCUCAUCAAUAAUUAUGAUUAUAAAACUAUUAUUGUUGUUGUAGCAGUUCGGGAACAUACGUAAUAAUAAUUAGACGGUGACGCCCGUAGUUCUCGGCUAUUUGACGUUGUAUGUGCGGAAGACGAUAGUAAUAUAGUACACCUAGUUGAUUACGUGAAAAACGUCAUUAUCAAAGUCUAAUGUAUUGAUAAAAUAAUAAUAAUAUUGUUGUCACCGCUGCUGUUGUAGUCAGUGCCGUACAACACGGUAAUUGCAAUACUAUUGUGCAUUCCCCCUAAAAUAUUGUGUUGAAAAAGCAGCAAGGGUUUAGAGACGAAAAAUCUGAAUGGCUGCAAAAUGGCCGAUUACUACGUUAUCAUACAACCAUUAUCAUUAUUACUUACAGCUUAUCACCACUAUUGUGCUCUUCAUUAUAUUUUUACGAUUUUAAACUUGUGACGUAAGUGAAUUGUUUUUCUUUUAAAAUAGACUGUUGCUUAUGUAAUUGGCUUUAUUCAUUGUGUACGUUUAGUAGAGAUGUUACGAACUGUUUGAUUUUCAAACUAAAAUCAGAGUGUUUUAAUCAAACGAAACAUUUUAGGUAUUUAAUAAAAUGUAUUAUUGUACGAGUAUUAAUUUAUUGGGUAAAUAAUUAUGUUAAAUUAAUAUGUUGUUAAAGCUAAAUACAAAUAAUAUUAGAUAGGUGAACUUUUUACAAAAUGAUAUUUAUAUCACAAUUAAAUAAUUCAACAACAUCAAACCAAUCUUAUUUUCCAAAUUAAAAUGUUAAAUUUAAAUUAAAUUUUGAAAAGAUGUUUGAUGGAAUUUCAAAUUUGGAAGAACUUAAUGUUUUGAAGAAAUGUUUCUCUAUGGCCAGACCCAUUUUAGCUGCUUUAAAAAAUGCACAAAUGUUACCAACAACAUGAUAUUUAUUUAUUUUUGAAUAUGUAAACAUUAUAUUACUUUUUUAAUGUUUAUAUUUUUUAUUUUGAAUUAUUUAUUAAUGUAUAUUAUUAUAUAUGUAUAUCAAUGAACAAAGGUAUUAACUAGUUAAAAAGUUAAUUUGUUUUACUUUCACAAAUAUUUCAAUUAUGUCAAGAAAAAUAAAAUGUAAUAUACUUUAGAAACUAUUAAGAUUAACUAAUAGAAUAUGUAUUCUUAAUUUAGUGACAAACUGUAAGUGAUUAUGAUAACAUAGUAGUCGGCCAUUUUUUAGCAGUUUGGAUUCUUUGUUUCUAGAUGCUUGUAAAAAGCCACUAAAAGUACAUAAUACCAAUAUAAGUAGUACUGCAGACUGUAAUAGAUAUCUACAUUCUAUUCACUGUUGUAUUUUUAUGGAACAGAUUUAUAGUUAUUAAUUAGUACAUCAAAAUAAAUUAAUAUAGAUAAUAAUGUAAUGUUUAUAUUAUAUGAGCUAUUAAUAGCAUAAACAAUAUGAUUAUUCUUGUCAAAAUUUUAUCUAUUGAAAUGCCAACUUAGGAAGUCAACUCCAACCUCCCCCAGAUACGGCAUCGAUUCAAUAGUAUGCACAUUCUUUAAAUAAUCUAUCUAUAUAUACAAAAUUAAUUUUUGUCUGUAUGUCUCUAAGUCUUCCUAUACCGUUCAUCCAAUGGCCAUAAAACUUAAGAAGUUGUUGAGGACACUCCCUGAAGGUUUCUGGCAUAGUACAUCUAUGUAAUUCUUUGAUAGCUCAACUAUCAUCCACAAGAACUAGGUUUUAAGUAUUUUUGGUAUAAAAAUAAAAAAAUAUUUUUAUUUAUGGAUUACCUUGGUAAUAUACGGGUGCAAAACCAAAUAUUAUUAGUUAACUGAGUUGUCAUGAGCAAUUUCUUAUUAUGUCGUAAUUGUAGAGAAAAUAUUUUAUUUUAAUUUCCAACAAAGUAAUCAAUAUUGUGUUCACUUCAGUUCAUUGAUGAUAUAAGAUAUACGUAAUACAUACAAUAUUAUAAGACACAAUUAGACGUACUUAUUAUCUACUUUGAUUUUUCAAAUGCUGCAUCAUCUACAAUUAUGCCCCCAAAACGGAAAUCAAUUAGUCGAUCUACAUCUGAAGCACGAAAGAAAAAGGCACUAAUGUAAAUCAGUCUAUGUAGUAAUGAAAAACAAGAUUAAAAAAUUAAUAUAAUAGAUAAAAAAAAUAUUGAACAAUUGACAUUUGGCAUAUGUAUAUUAUAUAUAUAAGCUAUGUUACAGGCCCGAUGUUGUCAGUAUCAAUUUUUUAAUAUUUUGUUUUUAUAUAUAUAUAAAAUAAAGUGCCAUUUUGAUGUCCUGCGUAAUUUCUGAAACUAUUUAUCCAAUUGUUGGGUUGUUUUUUUUUUAAAUAAAACACAGUAUAUAGUAAAGAAUGUUUUAAGCUAUUGAAAACAAUGGUCUGACCAGUAGAAGUAGUAGACAACCUAAUCUGCAGUAGCUUGGGCUGGAUAAAUAGAAAUAAAGAAUAUACAUUUUUAAACAUUUAUGGGUAAUCACCGUUAACUGCAGUAAUAGUGACUGAGAUUGAAAUAUGAAAUCUAGGAGGAAAUCUUAUUUUUAAAUAUUAUUUAGCAUGGGCAACGCUGGGCGGAACAACUAGUUAUGAAUAAAUCACAAAAAAUAUAAGAAACUUAAUGAAUCUAAAAAGUAAAAAUAUAUUACUUUUAAUACCUACAGUUAAUAUAAAACACUAAUGUUAUUUACAGUUAAAUCUAGUGUGGCAAAAUAAUAAAUAUUCUGUAUCACAGAUAUAUUUUUCAAUAAAUUUAAAAUCUUUUUUUUAUUUUAUACAUGAGACAUUUUAUUGUAUGCUAUUCUUAUGACUAGGGCAGAGAAGUUACAGGAUUUGCAUGUUUUUUUUUACUCCUCUAUUUCAUAAUAAACCAAGUUAUAAAUAUAUGUCAUAGGCCCCAAAAGUUGAAUAUAAAAUUAGUUUUGCAUAUUUUGACAAAAAGGAAUAUUUCAAACAUAUUCUACAUAUUUUUGGAAGAAAAAUUAUCUAAUUUAUAAUUUAUUAAAUUCUAUGGUAUUGCAUAUAUAUACUGUGCUCGUGUUAACUAUAUAUAUGUAGGCUACUAUCGUAAGUACCUGCAGAAAAUAAACAAUUUAUAUCAAAACCGUCAAACAAAAAUUCUGUUUUUUCACAUGAUUUAUGCAAGGCUAUGAUGUGUGUAAAUAUUCUUUUAUAUAAAAUGUCUAAUGUUUAAUUCCAAUCGUUUCUUGAAAAAUGUAUUCUUAACAUUCCUAGUGUGUCUGCGUUGAGAAAAAUAUAUACAAAUGAUUGCUAUUUAGAAACUAUGGAUAAAAUUAGAAAAGACGUUAUUGAAAAUAAAAUAUGAAUUUGUAUAGAUGAAACAACAGAUAUACAAGGAAGAUAUACUGUAAAUGUAAUAAUUGGAACUCUACUGAAUGAUAGAUAAUUUUCUAAAAUAGAAAUUUGUAUGUAUAUCUAAUGAAUUUAAAUACAUAUUUUUAAUUUUUCCAAUUUUAUCUUCUACAACUUCUCUGCCCUACUGAUGAUAAUAGUAUUCAAAUACUAAAGCUGGUAUGAAAAAUAAUUUAUCAAAAUUAUACACUUUUAGAAAAUGUAUAUUAUUUUUAUUUAUAUUAUAUUCAGUUUUAUAAUGAUGAGUUAUAUUUUUAUAUUCUUUUUGCCAGAGAAAGACAUACUAAUAUUUAAAAUUAAAAAGAAAACUUAAAAUAUAUAAUAUGUAUUACUGUACAUAAUCGUAAUAAAACAAAAAAAAUUUUCCUAAUAUAGAGGCUAUGGGACAUUAUAGGUGUGAUCAACUUGGUUAGGGUAUUUAUUAUUAGUUAAUUAUAUUGAUUAGUUCAUAGUUUUGCAAAAUUAUUUCUCUAAAUACUAAUUGUGUUACAUACUAAAUCUAUUAAUUAUUUGUAUUAUUUUUUAUAUUUGUUAUAGAUCAGAUUAUUACACAAAAAAGUUAAAAGAAGUAUUCCUUGGACACCCCCUAGAAGCAAGUUUGAAGGAAAUACUAGUGCCAUAGCCUCAAGGGGGUGAGUUAACAAUUUAAGAAUUCAUUUUAUCAUUGAUUUCUUUUAUUUCAUUACCUAUUCUGAAAAUAUAUCUACUUACUAAUAAAACAAAUUGUUUAUUUAUUAAGAUUUUUAAGGCCACUUAAGGAAUAUGAUCCUCCCAUAGAUAUCAAAAAUGUUAUAAUUAAAAUAGCAAAUAAUACUAUCAAUCAAACAAACACAUUUUAUCAAUUAGAUAAAAAUGAAAAAAUUAGAUUACUGAAAAAAUGCGAAGAAGUUGUUGACCAUAAAGUACCAAAUUCAAUUUUACAUACUCUAAACACUUUAGGUAAAUUUUAUAUCAAGAAUCUGUUGUGAAUUAUAUAUAUUAAAUUCAAUUUAUUUUUAUUUUAGGUGAAAUUUAUGAAUUUUAUGAAACACCUGUAGACAUAAUUGUCCCUUAUGACGCACUUCUAAAACGUGAACUUCCCCCUAAUCUUCAUAUAAUAGCCAACUAUACUAGAUUCAACCCAGAGACAGACUUAUUGUUUGAUGGAGUAACUGCAUUUCCACGCAGUUCUAACCUGGUAACUGGAUUAAAGACCAAAAAGAAAUACAAAGGAUUUACCACAACAUCUCCUUAUAAAAAUAUAUAGAUUAUAAGAUUGAUUUGUAAUAUAAUUUUUAGAAUAAUAAUAAUAAUAAUAAAUAUAGUCACAUAUUCUUUAUUGUGUUGUCCUUUUUGUGUUACAAAAUAUUUAUUUUAUUAUUAUUUUUAAUUGUUUCAUUUAUAAUUUCUUAAUUACAUGUAAUGUAAUUAUUGUUACACACUAACACAAUAUUUACUUAAGUGCUACAAUUUCUUUACAGCCUUGUACAACUUAUUUUUUACUCAUAAGGUCAUAUCAUUUAUCUUAAAAAUUAGGUGUAAGGUUUGAAUGAAUACAAAUAUAACACAAGUCAUAAAUACAUUGAACAUACAUUUUUAACUAUAAUAAUUUCCAUUAAAUUUGUGCAAAUGUUAUUUUUAUUAAAAUAUGCUCUUAUUCACUUUAUAAAUCAUAUCAAAACUAAAUUUAAUCUUGUAUAAUUAAUUAUUUGUCUUUUUGAAACAAAUUAUAAGUAAUUGUCCUUAUAUAUUAUGGUAACCAUAAUUAAUUAUUAAGCUAGUAAUGACUUUUAAGUAAACAUGGAUUAAUAAAAUAAUAAAGUAAAAACAAAAUUAUUAAAAUGGUUAAUACUCUAAAAUAAAUAUAAAAAAAAAAAUAUGUAUAAUAUACAUACAUCAUAAAAUUAUUUUUUGUAAAAUGGUAAAACAGAUUAAAAUUACUGUUUUUUUGAAAUAAUUAUUUAACAAGAAUUCUGGAAAUAUAUUUUUCAAGCAACAUACAAAAUUUUACAAAUUUUAAUUUUUCAUGAAAUGUAUGUUAUGGUUAUUUCCACUAUUACUAUUAUUUUAAUAUCAUUUCCACAAAACAUAUAAUUUUCCUACGUAAAAAAAAAAAAAUAUAAGCCCAAAAUAAAAUUAACUUGCAGUUUUUCAAAUGAAGAUAACAUAUAAGGACCAAGUAUUAAUUUUAUUUUAUGUAUUUUUGUAUAAACUUAAUUUAAGUAAAUUUACUAUUAAUGUAGAUAUUUGUAUGGUUUAUACUUGAAACAAAUUGUAUUUAUUUAAAAAUGUGUUAUUUCAAAGAAUCAUAGACAGAGUAUUUUAUAAAGUAAUGACUUCAUUAUAUUGCUACAUAAAUAUAGUACUAAAAUCUUGUUUAUAUGGUUACAUGUAGUAUAUUUCAGAUAACAGUAAUACAAACAAGUAUAAAAUAGUUUUAUUUAUAAAGGCUAUUAUUUAGGAAUGCAGGAUAAAGGUUUUCAUAUUAGAAAACCAAUAUGAUAAACCUAAAAAAAAUAUCAGUUAUAAAUCUAUUCUUCAAUGAAUGUAUUAUACAAAUAUAUUCCUUUAACAUUUCUAUGGUUAAUGAAAGAAUGAGCAUACUGAAAAAUAAUUUAUUAUACCUAUUGCAAAUAUAAAAUUAGUGUAUUAAUUUGUUAUUAUUUUAGAAAAUCAGAUUUACUUAAUUUUAAAUAAUUACUUAAACUAUAUUAUAUAAAUUUAAAUUGUUAAAAAUUAUUUUAUGAUAUUUGAAGUGUAAUAACUUGAUAUUUUUGUAUUGUUCAAUAUGAUAUAGAAGAUCAAUUAUGAUCAAUUUAUUGAACUGCAAUAAAAAUAUGUUUACAACUAUCACUUUUUUCCAUGUGAAAUGAAAUAAAAAAUACAGUAGUACAGUGGUGUUGAAAUUAUAAGUUCAGGUAUAGCAAAAAAGUAUCUUUUUGUUAUUAAAAUUAAAGAUGUUUUGAUAUAACACAGAAUUUCAUUCAAGGAGUAAACUUAAGAAAGAAAUGUAUAAUAAAUUUAAGGGGGGUAUAUUAAAAGAUGAGUUAUUAUGUUAUCGGUGUAAAAAUCUUGACAAAGUAAUGGUAAAAAUGUGAAUUACAAAUAUUAAUAAAAACAGUAAUAUACUUACAUAUUCCAACUUAUAUUUACAUUAUUCUAUUUAAGUAUCUACAGUUAAAGAUAACACCAAGCCACUGAACCUUCCAUCCAACCACCACAUUCAAUAGGCUAUCCCAAUCAACUGUUGUAGUUAAAAGUAAUCAAUUUUAAAUAAAUAAUAUUUACAAGAUUCUUAAUUAAAGUUUUAGGUAACUAAAUUCAAUAAUAUCACAGUUUAUGAAAAACACAAAAUAAAUAUAUUCUAUUUAGGAAAUUUUAGGAUACCACGUUUUGAAUUUCUAUUUUCGUUGUGC